AUGCCUGAAGAGCAUCUUCUUCCACCUGGCCCUAGUCCUGCUUUUGACAAAAUCGAGAAUUUCAACUUCUUGUUUAGUCGGCACGAUCCAUCGGCCAAGACUCGACAGUAUUCCCUCGACACUGACACCGGGCUGGUCCCGUUUGGCAACGUGAACAUGGAUUACGAUCAAACUGAAGGCAUGGGCGGUUUAUCGGUUAGCUCCUACGAUAGCAUAGACGAUGACCGCUCUUCUCUGGAUCUCCGGGGUUAUCCCUAUCAUGCUCCUACUGGUGACAAGUCCAUCAAUUACUCUAUUCCCGACCACAUGAUGCCGUACUCGGCUCACUCCAUCUACCCGCCUGUUCCAUUUGCGCCCGACGAGCUUGGCCAUGCUCCGGGGAACAUGACCCCGUCGGACGUCUCAUCGUCCAUCUCCCCGCCCAAUGGCCAGAUGGGCAACACCAAGUACAGCACCUCCAUCCCUGGGGAUCGCAUUGCUGCAGCCCUCGGCCAAGAGGAAGGUGUACGCUAUGCUGCUGAAGAGGACCGGCGCCGUCGCAAUACGGCUGCCAGUGCUCGCUUCCGCAUGAAGAAAAAGCAGCGCGAGCAGGUCCUGGAGCGUACUGUCCGUGAGACCACCGAGAAGAACGCCUCCCUUGAGGCUCGUGUGGCGCAACUUGAGAUGGAGAACCGUUGGCUGAAGAACCUCUUGACUGAAAAGCAUGAGGCCUCGGCCCGGAUGCCGCCGCCGCCUCUGGAUAGUGGUGCCUUAGAACCUAAAGCAGCCGCUGGUCGAGGUCAAAAACAUAUCCAGCCUAAAAAGAAAGGCGUGGGCACAGACGAGUAA